GACAGGCCAGGCUACAAUGAGCCACUGUAAACGCGCAAUGGCAUAAAGUAGUUGGUGACAUCCACACCGCAGGAUGGAGUUGGUCCGUUUCGUUUGUGACCAUUAUAAAACCCCUGGCUUUGAGGCCAGGGCUGGCCAUGAACAGAACUCCCAUUGCGAGCAUGAUAUGUGUCCUCACUUCAUAUUUCCUACGCAGGUCCUGGGAACGAGGUGCCGGGUUGAGGAUGGUCGAGCAAGCUUCUCGAGGUGUUUUUGACGGCCUUCUGGCCAAAUCACACGUCCAACAUGCCUUGGUUCAACCAGAUGGUCGACACAACGACAUUCCAACUGUCGUGGCUACCAUUCUCUUGCUCAACGGGACUCCAAAUCACUUACAGACAGCGUACGACUCGAGAACAGACGGCCUUGCGCCCUGGAGUCCGUCGCCAAGGAGUAUAACGGACGAAGAGGCCAAAAUGCGGUUUUUGGGCGACACCAGGUUUCAGAGGGCUUUCAUGACCUAUUUCAGUCUUGAUAACGGCAGAUUUGCUGGGGACUCCAAAGCACUGGCCGUCUUUCACCUCUUCACAGGCGCUAAGCCUUUAAUAUAUGGCCUCUUUUCCGGGGUUGGUCGGCCACUUACAUUGUUAAGCGACGGCAUCGAGCUGCGCGCAGCUGUCCUGAUUGUUGAGUCUCUAACCUUAUCCGCGGUGGACUGGCUGGAGCCCAUAUACGAUCUGCUGACGGAUCCGCGGCUCGAGAGCCCGCCUAGCGAACUUCUUUCGCCCGACGACAUUCUAGACCGAGUCGCUUAUGAUGGCCGCUUCAGCGGUGUCAUGAAAGCCGGUCCAGGCUUUCACGGCGUGGCACGCGUCCUGUCCAAUCCGUCCGCCAGAGCCGCGGUUGUCGAGUACGUUCAACAGCUUGAAUGCCGCGACAUGACAGUCCUCUUGCAGAAACUUUCGAACUUGGCCGUUGUGCUUCUCUGUGCGACGCAUAAGCCUGGGAAACCGGCAUUCGACUAUUAUCUUGCUCAUAUCUCUACUUGCGUCAACAACACACGGGUCAUCUUUGAGAACCUGCUGGAGGAAAGAAGCCAUAAAAGACUCUUGAUUAGGGGCAUUUGGCUUCUGAUAAUCCUUACAUACAUUACCCAGCUGAGACCGAUAAUCGACACGAGCUUGUUGACCGCAAUAGAGGAACCCGGUGGAGAUAUGAGUUGGGACAGCAUCCACCAGGAAUUUCACAGCCAAGGCAUUUCAGGGGGUAAGUACAACGACCCUGUCUUUCUCAGGACUUUGAGAAGCUUGUGGGAAUUGGAAAAGGCGUACGGGCCGAUACAUGGAAGCCCCUACCUACAGGCUGCGCGGAAGAUGGUGUCACAGUGGGACGGUUGGACUGGAAUAGGGGCCGACAGAGAAGCUGUACUCAACAUUAGGCUGUGACGAAUGCAAUAUACCCUUCUUGCCUUCUGCUAGACGGACAUAAUAAGGUAGAGAGAGAUGGUUGACC